GCUUGUUGCCUGCAAUGUGCUAUAUGCUUGAGAAAAAUAACCCGGGGUCUGUUAUAUCUCUCACAACAUGCGAAGAUGGCAAAUUUAAGAAUAUGUUCUUCUCGCUUUGUGCGUGGAGGCAAGCAUGGAUUCAUUGCUUUCCAAUCCUUAUUAUAGAUGGGACUUUCAUGAAGGCUUACUUUCGUGGAACACUGCUGGCUGCAUGCACACAAGAUGCUAAUCGACAGAUUAUCCCUUUAGCAUUUGGCAUAUGUGACGCUGAGAACAAUGAGUCUUGGUUGUGGUUCUUAAGCAAUGUGAAACAUUCACUAAUUGAACGCAGUGACAUGUGCAUCAUCUCAGACCGUCAUGAUGGUAUCUUGUUUGCAGUGGAUAAGGUGUUUCCUUCCAUUCCUCAUUGCUAUUGUACUGAACAUAUAUUGCGCAAUCUCAAAGGGAAAUUUAAGGGCAAAUCAGAAUCAAUUGAGUGGAAGUUCAGAGCUGCUUCUCGGGCUGCUACUGUUGAAGAGUGUGAAGAGUAUCUUUCAAUGUUAGAUGAGGAUGAUCCACGUAUACGGGUAUACCUUGAUAAGAUUGGAGUUGCAAAGUGGUCUAGAUCGAUUGGUAAACGCCCUGGGUUAUCCUGCUACGAAUUUAUUUCCACCUUUUACAAAUUGGAAGCAUUGGUGUGCACAUAUGCUGGAAUUGUUCAUCCUAUUGGUGAUGUGUCUAGAUGGGUGAUUCCUCAAGAGAUUCUAUCAAGGAAAUGUGACCCUCCAUCUUGCAACAAGCGCCCUCCUGGAAGACCUAAGAAGAAAAGGUAUCCUUCUGUAGGGGAGUUCCGUUAUGGCAAACGUAGAGUGAAGCAAAGAUGUUCGAGGUGCAAGUCUCAUGGCCACAAUAUGAAAUCAUGCACCAAUCCAAUUCCAAUGGCAGAUGCAGCUCUUACUUAAGAGUUGUUUAGUAUCAUUUACUUUAUCUCUUUCCAACUAUAUGUAUUUCAAUUUGAGAUGUUCUUAUUACGAAUAUGGAUGAUUUAAUGCUUUAUGUUCUUUUUGUUGAACAAUAUGGUCCUUGAACUCCAUGCUUUAUAUUUAAUAGCCAAAUACUUGUUAUAUUUUUACAAAAUUUCAAGAGUUACACUUUAUACGUCCAUAUAUACAUGACUCCAUAAAAUGGAAUUUAUUUCCCUGUAAUAAAUUUAAACAAUACAU